AAGAAAUUGUAUGGAACCGAAAAAACUAGAAAAAAUUACAACAAUAACAACAACCCAGUUAAAUCCCACAAGAGUAGGGUCUGGGGAGGGUGUGUGUACGCAGACCUUGCCCCUACUCGAAAGUAGAGAGGCUGUUUCCAAAGAGACCCCCGGCUCAACAUCGAAAGUUGCAGUGUGCCAUUCCCCCCGUAUUUUUCACUUGCAAUUCGCUUCUUAAAAAAUUGUCCGGUUGAAUCAGCAUUUAACCAGUCCUCCAAGUAAAUCCUCUUUUUUCCCCUUUUCGUCUCCAUCUCUCAUUAUGUCUAAGAACGAGGAUAGCCAGAACGUCUCCGUUCAUUCUUAUGAUUCUGGCACAUGGUCUCAGGCCUCCGACUCCCCGUCUUCUUCUUCUAGCUCUGAGUCAAGCCAGCGCCCAGCUUCACCUAAACAGGUUAAGCCGGUUGAUGCUGCCACCGCUGCCCAUUCAUCUUCUGCGGCCCAGACGGUCACCGUAGCCCGGACCGUUAAGGAGGGCUACGUCUGGCAGAAGUCGGACUGAAAUUGAUCCGAACCAAUUGACAUCCGAAUCAAUUCCAAAUCCACUC